AUGGAGAUUUUGGACUUGGCUGAAGAAGUGUCAACUGAGAAUGAUCCAAUGAGGGAGAGUUGGAUCAUGACAAGAAUAUUGAGUGUGCUACCGCCAAAAUUGGCGCAUUUCAGAACAUCCUGGAACAACGUGACCGGACCAACAAAGAACAUUGAAACUCUCAUCGAACGUCUGAGACUUGAGGACGAGCAACUUAAGGAAAUGACGACAAAUGCAGAGGGCAGCACUAACAACGCUCUCAUGGCAAGACGUGAAAAACAGGGACAGUCGUCAAACAGCAAGCAGGACAAGUCAGCGCUAGCAUGUUAUAAAUGUGGGAAGAAAGGUCACGUGAUCAAGGAGCGCAGAGGAAAACCGUGUCAGAAAUACAUUGAGUAUUGCAAGAAGUAA